AUGGGUUUUGUCGUGCUGGUGCUUCUGUGCGCUCUCACCGGGCUGGUGUUCGGGGACAGUAAACCCAAGACAUGCUCGGACAUCAGGCACUUCUACAACAGCAAGGGGUUCAAUCUGAACGGAGUCCCGCAAACAGUAAUAUCCGGUGAGCACCUGCGGGUUUGUUCUCAGGGUUACACCUGCUGCACGUCUGGGAUGGAGGAGAACCUUCUGAACCUGAGCCGACGAGAGUUUGAGACUCAGGUGAAGGAGUCUGGACGCACCUUACAGGCCUCUCUCAACGGCCAGUUCAAGAGCUUUGACGAUUUUUUCUUGGAGCUGUUGAACCGUUCUGAAGCAUCGCUCCAAACCUCUUUCCAGACCGGGUUUGGACCUCUCUUCUCCCAAAUCGCAAAGGUGUUUCAGGAUCUGUACUCAGACCUUCGGCGCUACUACCGAGGGUCCAACGUCAAUCUCGAGGAGGCGCUGAAUGAAUUCUGGGCCCGUCUGCUGGAAAGACUCUUUAAAGCUUUAAACCCUCAGUACAUUAUUGGAGAGGAGUAUCUGGAGUGCGUAGCCAAGCAGUCAGAAACGCUGAAGCUGUUUGGAGACACGCCGAGAGAGCUCAAGACCAAAAUCACACGCACGGUUAUUGCUGCCAGAACGUUUGCGCAGGGUCUGGUGAUCAGCGGCGAAGCGGUCAGGAAGGUUUCACAGGUGUCUCUGAGCACUGAAUGUGUGCACGCCGUCAUGAAGAUGACAUACUGUCCUCACUGUAGCGGCGUGGCUUUUGCCAAGCCCUGCUCAAACUACUGUAAGAAUGUCAUGAAGGGCUGCCUCGCCAAUCAAGCGGAUCUGGACUCGGAGUGGAGGAACUUGGCAGAUGCUAUGCUGGAGGUAGUUGACAAACUGAGCCGGCCUUACAGUGUGGAUUCGGUGGUUCUGUCUCUGCCAAAACGCAUUGCUGAAGCUAUUCUCUACAUGCAAGACAACCUCAACACGUUCAACAAUAAGGUGUUUCAGGCAUGUGGUUCUCCUACUCAGAGCUCCAAAACUGAAGACCAGAUCAAGCGAGGUAGAAACACAGCAGAAGAAGUGAGCGGCACCCCAGGAGCCCAACUGGAGAAAGUGUUAUCCGAUGUGUCCAGAAUGUUGAGAGAUAUCAUGCAGUACUGGGUCCAUUUGCCCAGAAAACUGUGUGUGGAUCGCGAGUCUGGACCGAGUGAAGCAGACAGAUGUUGGAACGGAAUGAGUGUGGAUAGGUAUCUGCCAGAAGUGAUGGGAGACGGGCUAGCCAGUCAGAUCAAUAAUCCUGAGGUGGAGAUUGAUAUUACCAAACCAGACAUGACUGUACGCAAACAGAUCAUGCAGCUUAAGAUAAUGAUCAACCGACUGAAGUAUGCCAUCAAUGGAAAUGAUGUGGACUUCCAGGAUACCAGUGAUGAUAUCAGCGGUUCAGGAAGUGGAAUGUGUGCCAAUGAUCAGUGUUCCCGUGAUCCACGUUUAACGGCCCCAAACACGGACAAACCCAACGUAUACGCCUAUCCGUCAGAGAACAAGAAGGUGGUGAACGGAAGAAGCAGCCAAAACCUUCCUUGCGUCAGCCUCUACCUUCUCUCAUUGGUCACAGUCUUGCUUAGGCGAUAAUUGGCAGGCAAUUCCACCAACUGGGACUGAGUUUAGGACUGGGUUGGAUUGUGGAGGGGCGGGGUUAGUCACAUUGCCAAAACAAACAUGCAAAUAUCAACGGAAUCCGGCGAAUGCAUCACUUUUUUUGUCUUGAAUAAGAACACCAUGGAAUAUUCUUAGAUCUGUGUACUUUUUUGUCUCUUAUUUCAUAUAUGACACCCCUAGAGCUGGUCUUUUGCUUGUUUUUAUGUCUGUGGUGAAAAGGGUCUCUGAGAAUGCGCCAAUCUGUAACAAUGUCUAUAUGAAAAUCCACCCCAACAAACAAAACAUGCUUGUUUUUCCUUUUUCAAAAAUCAUUUUAGAUUAUAUUUAUUUAUUAAUUAAGACCCAUAAAGAUAAGACGUCUCUGGCCGCUCAAGCUUGAGAAUGUCCUUCAACACUUGUUCAAAGUGAACAAAACAUCAGAAAGAACCACGUGUUCUUAUCUUUGUUUUAAAGCUUUCCUAAUCAUGAAAACAAGCUUUACUGAGUCUUGUUUCGUGAAGACCAGCUGUCUCACGCUCUCUCUGUCUCUUUCGCUCUCGUUUAUUGUACUAAUUUCCGCACUCUGCUUUGCAAAUAGGUUUCAGGGGCCAUUUUAAGGAAAACACACCAUGUAUUUACUCUGGAUGUAAAUAAACGUGUACUAACCACAGUCACAUUUUCAGUAUAUCCUUGAGGACCCUCAACAGCACUGGAACAAUAUUUGGGAUGAAACGUUAAUGCACCAGCAAUGAGAAAGAGAUGGGCACGUUUUACGAAACGAUGUGCUCUAGUCCGUAGGACAGAUAUAUAAUGACCGUCAUCUCAGAGAGGGAUUUUACACAUGGGAAAAGACAAGCCGGAGAAUGAAAGACUCGAAACCGGAGGGAUGUGGAGGGGUUUCUGGACAUUGUUAAUUUGAUAUUGAUUCAAACCUCAUAGAGAUGUGUGUGUGUAUGUGUUAUGUGUGAGUGCACUUCAGAGAAAGCGUUGCUUUGUAAGUACUCACUAUACAAAUAUACACGUGUACUCAAUACAUGCUGCAUCCACGUCAGAUCUGAUUAGCUCAGUGAGUCACAGAUGUGUGUCUCAAAUAUUUCCCAGCCCCACACCCUGCCCUUCAUUAGCAGACAAGUUGGGUUGUUUAUGGUGCGCACACAAUGUUGAUGUGAAAACGGUGUUGCGCAACAUUGAGCAAAUGUUUGCGUAACCUUUUACCAAUGAAAAGUCUGUCAGUUUUAGGUAAGAAUCGUACUCUAUGCAAGUAUGUAAACGCAAAUAAUGUAAGCAUGCAUACUAAUAUUUUUGCGUCAAUGUAGCGAUAGCACACCUUAGUACUCAAGGGGGCGACAGAUUUACCAUCAAAUGUUUACGUUAUUGAAUUGAAUGUUGUUGUUGUUAAGGUAGCUAUAGCUAUAAACAUGUUGACCAUUGGACUAACUUGAACUAGCUUGCUGAGCUAAAUAGCAUGCAUGCCUCCCAUACUUGUGCUACAUUGUGAAAUACACCUAAUAUCCAACAUCCCCAUGACCUUACACAGGAAAAGUUGUUUGGAGAAUAGAUGGAAGGUUGAAAUAAUGUAAGCAUGCAUACUAAUGUGCAUUUUUGCGUUAAUGUAACGGUAUCACAACUUAGUACUCGAGGCGAUACAGUUACCAUCAAAAGUUUGCAUUAUUGAAUAUAAUGCUGUUGUUGUUGUUGUUGUUGUUCAGGUAGAUGUAGCUAUAAAUGUGUUGACCUUUGGACUAACUUGAACUAGCUUGCUAAGCUAAAUUAACUUAAAACGGUUGAUACGCCAUGAUAGUAGGUAAAAUGUUUGCUAAAACUUGCCUAAUACCCACAAUAGUGCACCUUUCAUACUUAUGUUACAUUAUAAACACUGAAGCUAAUUUCCAGCAUUCCCGUGACCCUGCAGAGGAUUUAAUGGUUUGGAGAAUGGAUGGAUUUUGGCUAAUUUCAUAACGCAAUGUAAAAUCAAGCAUAGCUAGAAGUAUUUGUGUUCUCGUACUUGCAUAGAGUUUCAGGCCUAGGAGAGAAUGAUGCAUUUUUUUGACCAAACCUGAAAAGAGCUUAAUUUUGGCCUAUUUUAAUGAACUUUGCAUCUGUAGAGGUUACAGGAAGCGAUGUAACUGAUUAAGGUUGCCAUUGGCUUUGCAGAGAAAGUGCUGCAGUUUCGGUCACCAUAAAGUGGCAUACAGAUCUGACCAGGUCUUUGAGAUGUAAAACAACACCCCCUCCCUUCCAGUUUAGAAAUGCUGCACUUUGCAUGACGCACGCGGCCACGUCACAUGAUCAGGGGUCGAUAACAGAGAAAUAUCCCACAGGCGGUGUUAUGGAUUGUUUGUUGAUCGAUUGGAUCAGAUAUGGUUGAAAAAAUGGACCCGUGGCACAAUUCACUAACUAUCUGUAGAGUGAUCUGACCUGAAAUCAGUCUUAACUGUCUUUAGCAUGUUUGUUAAAUCAUUGACAGUUAGUAGUCUGACCCCAGGUCAGCUAAACAGUCCCACCUCUAGAUGCAAUGGCGUAACAGUGGCACUGCCACUGCCACUCGCUCUUUACUGAUGAAUGUGGCUGAUAUUGUCAAAAUGUGCUGAGAUGAAAAAAUGAAAUUGCAUUCUGGUAUAUACUUUAUUUUCGUUUGUUUGUUUAAAAAAAAAAACAAUAAUGGGGAGUUUGUGUUUAAGGUUGAAAGUAGAACAUUUUGAAGAGACUGAGGAAAUUAUCUGUCCAUUGUUGUUGUAUGUUCUUUAAAAAGAAAGAGAAAAACCCUUGUGUCAAUUAUAUAGAUCAAAAGAUUU